AUGAAUGCAAUCACAAUAUGCCAUUGGAAUGCAAACGGCUUAAGCCAACAUGUACUGGAAGUAACUAGAUUUCUGGUGAGUAACAAUAUCGAUAUACUGCUUAUAUCUGAAACACAUUUAACCUUCAAAAACUGUUUUCGAGUUUCUGGAUAUAAGUUUUAUGACACUAAACAUCCAGAUGGUAAAGCAUGUGGUGGUUCUGGAGUACUUGUUAGAAACACAAUACAACAUUAUGAAAUUCAAAAGCAUUGUUUUAAAUACCUACAAGCUACAUCAAUUUGUGUAAUUUCUGGUCUAACUAAAACUGUCGUCUCAGCAAUCUAUUGCCCGCCCAAAUUUGCUAUUACUUCUGAUCAAUUCCGGAAAUUUUUUACUGAUCUCGGUCCUAACUUUCUAGUUGCUGGGGAUUUCAAUGCUAAACACACCUUUUGGGGUUCUAGACUAAUAACUCCAAGAGGUCGUCAACUGUAUGCAGCACUUGGCAACAGCCUUGAUGUUGUGUCCUCAGGCCACCCAACAUACUGGCCAUCAGACAAUCGAAAAAUACCAGACUUAAUCGAUUUCGCAGUCAUUAAUGGUAUGAAACGUGAAGAUAUUGCUGUUAAAUCAUCUUAUGACUUGUCCUCUGACCAUUCUCCGGUUAUUUUAACUCUGACAAAAUUUAACACUAAUUCAAAUGAGCAGAAUAAGAAAACUCUAAUAAACUGGAGGAAAUAUAUAAAUAUUAUUAAUGAGGAAAUAAGUUACAAUUCAAAUUGUAGUUCACCUAAAGAAAUUGAUAAAGCAGUUGAUCACUUUACCAAGACAUUAAAUAAUGCUGUAAUUAAAGCCUCUCAACCAAAAAGAUCAGUCCAGUCAAAUAUAGUAUUUCAAUCACACAUUGAUUAUCUUAUUUCUCGAAAACGACAAGCCAGGCGUGAAUGGCAAAGACUUCGAUCACCCACCUCAAAACAAAGAUUAAAUAAAGCUUCAAAAGAUCUUAAAAAAGCACUAUCUGAUGACAAAAACCGCUCUUUACAAGAAUAUCUCGAGUCACUUGGUCCACUUAAAGAAAACAACUAUUCUCUGUGGAAGGCAACGAAGAAAUUUAAAACGCCAAUACAAAAUGACCCACCGCUAAGAAAACCGGAUGGUUCUUGGGCUCGCAAUGACGAAGAAAAAGGUUGUAUUUUAGCAGAACACCUAAAGGGUGUCUUUCAGCCAAACCCACAAUUAUCAGAUUUCCAACCUAACAUCGAAUCUCCUUCUAUUGUUGAAACUCCCCUUACGUUGUGUUUGGAUAACGUCAAGGAGACUAUUCGAACAUUUGCAAAUCCCAAAAAGGCACCUGGAUACGACAAAAUUACGGAUUGUAAUAACGCUGGCACCAUGAAUAUUAACAGUAUCAUUGCGCUGAGUAUAGAAGGGUUAAGAGGGGAGCUUAGAAGAUUAAAUUUAAAUACAGAAGGCAAAAAGCAAGAAUUGAGAGAAAUAUUAAUUGAUCAUUAUCAAUUAGAAACGCGCGAAAAUGUAGAAGACAAAGAAAUACAGUUUGACAAAAUGGCAACUGUUAAAACGAUACAAGAACGUUCACUGUUUACGCUUCGUGAUGUGGAAGACUCUCUCACUACAUUUGCAGGGGUGGGUCAACCAAGUGUUAAGAUUUGGGUAGAACAAUUAGAAGAAAUGGCUAUUAGCGUAAACUGGAACGAUCAACAAAAAUUUAUCUAUGCUAAGCAGCUACUCAAGGGCGCAGCCAAAUUGUUUGUCAGAAGCCAGUUAGAGGUAAAGGAUUGGGUGUCGCUCAAAAAAGCAUUAAUUGCAGAAUUCACAGUAAAUUUAACAAUGAACGAGGUUCAUGCCAUGUUAAAGGGACGAAGGAAAAAACCAACUGAAUCAUUAAGAGAAUAUUUGUAUAGUAUUAUUGAAAUAGCAAAUCAAAUUCAGUUAGAUGAAAUGAGCAUAAUAGACUAUUUUAUAGAAGGAAUUCCAGACAAUCAGGAGAAACACAUACUCGUCAUUAAACACUACAGGAGGGAAACUUCAAACAGAACAUACUGGGUACAAGACAUAAAAAUAGAAAGAGAGGAUAGAAAAGAUGGAAAGCGUUGUUAUAGGUGUGGAGGUAAGGAUCAUAUUGCUAAUAGUUGCAAAAUCAAAGAUUAUAAAUGCUUUAAAUGUCAAGAGGUAGGGCACAAAGCAUUCGAAUGUAAACGUCCAGAAAAGGUAGUAGGAAAUAGAAACAAAAACAAUUCUCUCGUUAUAGAAACUAUUAAUGAUGUGCGUCGAAAUGGAACUAAUAGAGUUUUGAAAGAUUUAGGAAUAAAUGGGAAGAAGGUACGUGCUCUAAUCGAUACGGGUAGCGAUGUCUGCAUCAUCAGACACUCCACUUGUUUGCGGUUAGGAAACAUUGUGUUGGAAGCUAGGAGAAAAACAUUGACGGGUAUAGGAGGAAAAGAGAUUAAAACAUUAGGUAGCUUCAUAACAUUAGUCGAUUUAGAUGGUAUCCAAACCAGUUUGAAUCUUCAUGUGUUAAACGAUGAUGAUGUCCAAUAUGAUGCCAUAAUAGGAAGCGAUAUCCUAGAAAUAGUUGACAUUUUGAUCUCCUCAGAUGAUGUAAAGUUUUUGCGAAAGUCUCAGGAAAAACAUAUCGACUUUAAUAAGGAAAAUGUAAGAGAAUGUGAAAAUGAAGUUAGGAAUCUCUAUAACAUUUGUGUGACAAUGGAGCGGGAUGAACCGGAGGUAGUGGUUCAAAGCCAGUUGAAUCAUUUACCAAAGGAAAGAAAAGAGGAGGUAAUAAAUGUUAUAAAGCAUUACAAGCCGAACAAGAAGAUUAAUAACUCCCCAGUAACAAUGAAAUUGAUUUUAACUGAUGAAGUGCCGGUAUUUCAUAGGCCAAGAAGGUUACCACUAGCGGAUCAGCAGACUGUAGAAUCUCAGAUACGUGAAUGGCUAAAGGAGGGUAUUAUUAAAGAAAGCAUGUCAGAAUAUGCCUCGCCGGUGGUUCUAGUAGCGAAAAAAGAUGGCUCCAAGAGGUUGUGCUGUGACUAUAGAAAGCUAAAUUCGAAAAUAAUUAGAGAUAACUUUCCUAUGCCACUAAUAGAUGAUAUUCUGCAAAAGUUACAGUCGGCUGUUGUAUAUAGCACAUUGGAUUUACGAAAUGGAUUUUUUCAUGUGCCUAUUGAAGAAGAUAGUCGAAAAUUUACGGCAUUUGUGACGCAUGGCGGACAGUAUGAAUUUUUAUUUGCUCCAUUUGGAAUUAAAAACUCUCCAGCGGUGUUCACACGAUACGUUUACGCGGUGUUGAGAGAAUUAAUAAAGAAAGGUGUAGCAAUGGUAUACAUGGACGACAUCAUAAUACCAUCCCAAAAUGAAGAAGAAGGAAUGAGACGAUUAGUAGAAGUGUUGGAGGUUGCUCAAAAUUUCGGGUUAAACAUUAAAUGGGAGAAGUGUCAGAUUUUAAAGAAGAAGGUUAACUUUUUAGGUUUUAUCAUUGAAAACUCGAGCAUAAAACCAAACGAGGAAAAGCUAAAAGCUGUUAGAAAUUUUCCAAUGCCAAGAGAUAACAAAGAAAUUCAACGAUUUGUGGGAUUAACAUCAUAUUUUAGAAAAUUUGUGUAUAAUUAUGCUGUAAUUGCCAAACCAUUAAGUGAUUUGUUACGAAAAAACGUAAAAUUCGAGAUAAAAGACGAGCAAAAAUUGGCUGCUCAGCAAUUGAAAACAGCUUUAAUUUCCGCUCCGAUACUUAAGUUAUUUGAUCCAAAAGCAAAAACAGAAGUACAUACGGACGCAUGUAGCGAUGGAUAUGGGGCUAUUUUGCUGCAGUGGGGUGAAAAUGCCCAGUUACAUCCUGUUGAAUUUCUAAGCCGGAAAACCUCGUCAACGGAACGAAGAUAUCAUUCAUAUGAACUGGAGGUAUUAGCAAUUAUAGAAAGUUUAAAAAAGUGGAGAUACUUUCUGCUUGGCAUCAAAUUUAAAAUCGUUACCGAUUGUAAGGCCUUCGCGUGUACAUUGAAAAAAGAUGAUGUACCUACUAGAGUAGCAAGAUGGGCUCUAUUCUUGCAAGAUUUUGAUUACGAAAUAGAGCAUAGAAUGGGCACUAACAUGAAACAUGUCGAUGCACUAAGCCGUGUUUAUUGUCUGUUGCUGGAAGAUUCGUUGUGCCAUAGAAUAAAGAAUGCGCAAUUAAGCGAUGACUGGACGAAAGCUAUGCGAAAAAUUUUGGAAACUCAAAAUUAUGGCGAUUUUUACUUAAAACACGAUAUAUUAUUCAAAGAUAAUGUUAAAGAACGGAUGGUUAUUCCUUCCUCUAUGGAAAACGAAAUAAUUGAGAUCGCUCAUCGUCAGGGCCACUUUGGGUCAAAGAAAACUCAAGACAUUGUUGAAAAAAAUUAUUACAUAUCAAAUAUAAAUCCAAAAGUAGACAAAGUAGUAAGAGGGUGUAUCGAAUGUUUAGUAGUGAACAGUAAAUCAGGAAAGAAAGAGGGAUUUCUUAAUCCUAUAGAUAAAGGUAAUAGACCAUUGGAAACGUAUCAUAUCGAUCAUGUAGGACCGUUGGAUCAGACUAAAAAAAAAUACAACUAUAUUUUGACAGUAGUAGACUCAUUUUCCAAGUUUGUGUGGUUAUACCCCACUAAAAGUGUAGGAGUAGAAGAGGUAAUCGAAAGAUUAAAUAAACAAUCGAUGGUUUUCGGAAAUCCUGCUGUGAUUAUCAGUGACCGAGGCACUGCGUUCACAGCAAGCAGGUUCAAAGAGUAUUGUACGAACGAAGGGAUCAAACACCUAUUAAUAGCCACAGGCGUUCCGCGGGGAAACGGCCAGGUAGAAAGAAUACAUAGAACAGUUAUUACAAUGCUCAGUAAAUUAUGUGUGAACUCGCCAGAAAGUUGGUACAAACACGUAGAAAGGGUACAACAAGCUAUCAAUAGCACUCCAGCUCGGAGUACUCAGUAUUCUCCAUUUAAAAUUUUGACAGGGGUGGAGAUGCGCAUAAAAACUAAUGUUGCAUUAGGGUCGUUAAUCACAGAAUGUGUAAUGGAAGAGUUAUUUGAGGGAAGAAAUGAAAUGCGUGAACAAGCAAAAGAAAAUUUACAGAAAAUAGCUGAAGAAAACAGGAAUACAUAUAACAAGGGUAGGAAAGAAGAAGUUAAUUAUGAAAUAGACGAUUUAGUUGUCAUCAAACGUACCCAAUACGGAACAGGACUCAAAUUAAAACAGAAAUAUUUAGGACCGUAUCGAAUAGUAGAAAAGAAAAGACGAGGUAGAUAUGUAGUUGAGAGAGUCGGAAAUGGCGAAGGAUCAAAGAAAUGUGAAACAGUAGCAGAACAUAUGAAAGCGUUUAAGGGGUCAUCCGGGACGGAUGACAUGUCAGGAUAG